CGAUCUAUAAUCGGUAUUGAUUCUGGAGAGACACCUGAGCCGGGAGGAUGGGCAUGACGUCACAGAGCCCAGUCAUGCCGGACUGCAGGGUGCCCAGGAGAAGCCUGAGGACUGCGGUUCUACUGGGGGUGGUACUCGGGGCGACUCUGGUCUACCUUUGGGGAACCUCUAGCUCGGACCACGUUAGGGCCUUGGACCAUGUCAGACUUUCAUACCACGCCAGGACCUCGGGCCGUGUCAGAACCUCGGGCCGUGUGGAGACAAGGGAGUCAUCCCAUCACAGAAACAAGGUGUCGGGCAUCGUGAGGCCCCUGCAGUUACUAAACACAUCCGUGCAGCAGGAAGCACGGGCGGGAAUUACACUGCGGGACCGGGGUUGGGUUCAGAAGAAGAACGUUUCGGCAGAAGAAAAUCCGCCCUUCCGACUGUACAUCUACGAGCUGCCCGCGGAGUUUAACAGGAAUCUCGUGAGCUGCGUGGUGCGGGAGCUGGGCGGCUGUUUCCGGCUGGGUAGUUUCGGCAUGGGCCCGGAGUUCGCUCGCCACGGCAACAUGUCCUACCGACACACGCACAUGUUCGCGCUGGAGGUGAUCCUGCACCAUAAGGCCCUGUACAACCCGUCCCGCACGCUAUUGUUACUGUACUCCAUUGCCCAGGUGAUCCUACAUCAGAAAGCCCUGUACAGCCCGUCCCGCACGCUGGACCCGCACAGCGCGGACGCCUUCUACAUCCCGUACUACGCCGGCCUCGCCUGCCUCUGCCCGGGCCUGGACGCGACGGCCCUGAACCGGAAACUCUUCUCACACGUGACGUCACGCUACCCGUUCUACUUCCGGGGCAGGCCGCACCUGAUGGCGCUGGGUAAGAUAGAGCGGGAGCAGUGGACCCAGGACUGUUCCCUGCUGACCUUGCCGCAGGCCAGGCGGGUGGUGUUUGCCGGGAUUGAGCAAGAGUUCUCCCCGGCGCUUCGGGCGCACUUCGGGCGGAGGGGCAGCCCGCUCAUCGUGGCGCCUUACCCCGCGUUCGGACAUGUCAUCUCAGCUGGGAGUCAGGGCGAUGUAAAAUCCCACAUGAAGGCUGGUGAGCUGGAUACAGUACCAAGGGACGUGUUCGUGUUUUUAGCAGCCAGCUCCAGAAACGCGCACAAAAUCAGACAGGGUCUCAGACCGCAGUUUCACGUGACGGGGCAGCCGUACAGCUCAGAGGAAGCCGCGCGCGUGCGCAGAGACGGCUCGCCGGUCUGGCUGCUGACGCCCGAGUGCCGCGGGAACUGGGAGGGGAAAGUUGUGGAGUGGAUGCGCCAUUCCGUCUUCUGCCUGCAACCCCCCGGAGAUUCGCCCACCAGGAAGUCCUUCUACGACGCCGUUGCGUGUGGAUGCGUUCCCGUGACCUUUACCCUGGAGCACCCGGUUCGAUACCCGUUUGACCAAGUCCUGAACUACAGCGACUUUUCUGUCAUUAUAGACGGGAAAGACGUGACGGACAGAAAUAUCACCAUCCUCAACAUCCUGCGAAAAAUUCCUUCAGAGAGAAUAAAGAUGCUGCAAGACAACUUAAAGAAGGUGGCGCCCCUCCUGCAGUAUUCUUACCCCUCCACGGUCCCGAGUCAAGACGCCUUCACGAUGGUUCUGGAAGAAAUGGCUCAAAGGGUUGAUGUUGCAAGAAGAAGUAGAAUAUCUCAUCUGUCGUUUGAAUCCAGAAAUAAAUCAUGAACAGAUGUUGAUUCGACAAAAAUAAGGAUUGUUCAAAAACAUUAUAGAAGCUAGUAUAAUGUCAUUGCCUUUUUCUAUUUUUGUCUAAUUUGUGAACUUCUCGGUGUUUUUGGCUGAGAAUUUUGUGUAUUAAUGAAUGUCUAAGUCGACUUGUAGUUUACCGACGUUUUCUGCUGAUACACAACAGUUAUGCUGUUCCAUUUUAUAACGUUAGUGUUACGGGCGAAAAUCCAAUAAAGAAACAGUUUCGCUGGAGAUAUUUUACUAUUUUCUAUUGCAAGGGAACUCAUUCUCUAAUCAAUUAAAAAUGUC